UUGCGUUGUUUUUAAAUUGUUUCAUACGAUCCCCGAGCAGAACAGCGUACGUGGUUGUUAAUUUAGUAUUCCAUAUUAUAGUUAAUUAAAGAGUAAUGGGCAGUGAAAAGAUAUAAUGCCUAGUAACUCAAAAAAGGUGGUUCCUUCUCUUACGGAAGAUCAACAACACGCUAUAAAAAUUUUAAGGAAAAGAAUAGAAGAUGAGCUCAAUCACAUUAAGAAUAUAAACACCAAGGAUAACUACCUGCUGAGGUUUCUGUAUUGCACGGAUUUUAAUACACAACUAGGUUUUGCAAAGAUAAAAGACUAUUACGAAAACAUAGUAGCAUAUCCAAAAUGGUACUCCACAGAUCCUCCUAUUAAAAUAAAACCACUUAUAGACAAAAACAUUAGCGUGAUCGUCCCUGCUUCUGUUGAUAAAGAUGAUAGACCAAUUUACCUUUUUAAAGUAGGCAAUGUCGAUAUACAAAAUAUAUCUAUACAAGAAAUCUCAUUCCUAGAUGAUAUUUGGUUUGAAUAUUUAUUGGAAAGUGAUCCUCAUCUAUCAGGGAAAGGCAUCUGCAUAAUAGUUGAUUUUGAAUACGUAACCUGGAAGUUCGCUAAGUGGUUCAACUAUCGAAAUGUAAAGAUAGGAUUUAAAAAGUUGGCAUUAGUACCAUUUAAAGAAAUCAAAAUUCACUUUGUAAAUAAUUCAAAAUCAAUGAAAUAUUUUUUAAAACUUAUUGUAUCCUGCGUGCCUGACGAAAUUAAGAAGCAGGUGCAUUUUCAUUUUUCGGAUCAAGAAACCUUAGCGAAACAUAUCGAUAAAGACUUUCUUCUCCCUGAGCAUGGCGGAUACAACAAAAUAAACUAUACAAGAAUAUAUAAAAGUCUUUUUGAAAUAAAUGAUGUAAUAGCUUCUAAUUUAAAUAUGAACAAAAACGACACUAAUAGCUAGAAAUCAAUACAUAAUAGCUGAAAUAUGUUUCUUUGUAAAUAAAUUAUUGUUACGUUA